AUGAGUCUUAAAGUGCUGCAGUUUACUAGUGGAAGAGUGCUUGCCAGCGUCUCUAUUCUAUACCGACCAAGCUCUAGUACAUCACAUUCAAUUCCUCGUCGACUGUGUAGAGACAUUCAAACAGCUACGACACAAGCCGAAGCGUAUCUCGAGAAUCUAUCUUCUCAUCCUGGUAUUUCCUGUCUAGCUCUCAAUCGCCCACAAGCGAAAAAUGCAAUUUCGGUCAAAUUACUGCAGGAGUUCCGCGAAUGUCUGGAUACGGUGCAUUUCGAUAAUAGCGUCCGUGUUCUCAUUAUUCGGUCAUCUGCGCCUGGCUCGUUCUGUGCUGGUGCAGACCUUAUUGAGAGACGCUCUAUGACCAAAGCCCAAGUGGAUAAGUUCCUCCUCGAUUUGCGUGGUGCGCUGGCUAGUCUAGAGAACCUGCCCAUGCCAACAGUAGCUGCCAUCGACGGGCCUGCGCUUGGCGGUGGCCUCGAGUUGAGCCUCGCUUGUGACUUACGAGUUGCAGGUCAUAGUGUGACAAAGAUUGGACUCCCAGAAACGCGCUUGGGUAUCAUUCCGGGUGCCGGAGGAACACAGCGCCUUACUCGUUUACUUGGUGUUGCGAAGGCAAAGAGCUUAAUAUUUACUGCGCGUUCUCUGUCUGCGUCUGAAGCUCAUGAACUUGGUUUGGUCGAUUAUGUGUCCGUCUGCGAAUCUUCUGCAUUCGACAAAUCUCUAGAAUUAGCUAAAGAGAUCUGUCACAAUGCACCUCUGGCGUUGCGGGCAGCGAAGCAGGCAAUAUCACGAGCCCCAGAGCUCAGUUUGGAGUCUGGUCUCGACUUCGAGAGAGCAUCAUAUGAGCCGUUAUUGAAUACCAGCGAUCGGAUAGAAGCAUUGAACGCGUUCAAGGAGAAACGUCUUCCAAUGUUCAAGGGGGAAUGA